UGAGGUAAGGCGACGUCAUCACCAGGCACGCGCAGGAAACAUGGCGGCGGCGGGUGUUGUGAGCGGGAAGGUUAUAUAUGAACAGGAAGGGGUAUAUAUUCACUCAUCCUGUGCAAAGACCAGUGACCAAGACAGCUUAAUUUCAGGAAUAUUACGUGUUUUAGAAAAGGAUGCUGAAGUAAUAGUGGACUGGAGACCAUUGGAUGAUGCAUUGGAUUCUUCUAGUAUUCUCUAUGCUGGAAAGGACUCCAGUUCAGUAGUAGAAUGGACCCAGACCCCAAAAGAAAGACCUCAUCGAGGAUCAGAACAUCUGAACAGUUAUGAAGCUGAGUGGGAUAUGGUUAAUACAGUUUCAUUUAAAAAGAAACCACAUACCAAUGGAGAUGCUCCAAGUCAUAGAAAUGGGAAAAGCAAAUGGUCAUUCCUGUUCAGUUUGACAGACCUGAAAUCAAUCAAGCAAAACAAAGAGGGUAUGGGCUGGACGUAUUUGGUAUUCUGUCUAAAGGAUGACGUCGUUCUCCCUGCUCUGCACUUUCAUCAAGGAGAUAGCAAACUACUGAUUGAAUCUCUUGAAAAAUAUGUGGUAUUAUGUGAAUCUCCACAGGAUAAAAGAACACUUCUUGUGAAUUGUCAGAAUAAAAGUCUUUCACAGUCUUUUGAAAAUCUUCUUGAUGAACCAGCAUAUGGUUUAAUACAAGCAAGACUGCUAGACAGAAGAAAGCUGUUGUGGGCCCUUCACCACUGGAAAAAAAUUAAAAAGGAUCCAUAUACAGCAACUAUGGUAGGAUUUUCCAAAGUGACAAACUACAUUUUUGAUAGUUUGAGAGGCAGUGAUCCCUCUACACACCAACGACCACCUUCAGAAAUGGCAGAUUUCCUUAGUGAUGCUAUUCCAGGCCUAAAAAUAAAUCAGCAAGAAGAACCAGGAUUUGAAGUCAUCACAAGAGGUCUUAGCCAUUCUUUGAGAAAGCAAGCAUGGAAAUUCCUUCUGGGAUAUUUUCCUUGGGAAAGUACCAAGGAGGAAAGGACUCAAUUACAAAAGCAAAAAACUGAUGAAUACUUCAGGAUGAAACUACAGUGGAAAUCUGUCAGCGAGGAACAAGAGAAGAGAAAUUCGAGGUUAAGAGAUUAUAGAAGUCUUAUCGAAAAGGAUGUUAACAGAACAGAUCGAACAAACAAAUUUUAUGAAGGUCAAGAUAAUCCAGGGUUGAUUUUGCUUCAUGACAUUUUGAUGACCUACUGUAUGUACGAUUUUGAUUUAGGCUAUGUGCAGGGAAUGAGUGAUUUACUUUCUCCUCUUUUGUAUGUGAUGGAAAAUGAAGUAGAUGCCUUUUGGUGCUUUGCCUCUUACAUGGACCAAAUGCAUCAAAAUUUUGAAGAACAAAUGCAAGGCAUGAAGACCCAGUUAAUUCAGCUGAGUACCUUACUGCGAUUAUUGGACAGUGGAUUUUGCAGUUACUUAGAAUCUCAGGACUCUGGAUAUCUAUAUUUUUGCUUCAGAUGGCUUUUAAUUAGAUUUAAAAGGGAAUUUAGUUUUCUGGACAUUCUUCGAUUAUGGGAGGUAAUAUGGACUGAACUGCCAUGUAAAAAUUUCCAUCUUCUUCUCUGUUGUGCUAUUUUGGAAUCUGAAAAGCAGCAAAUAAUGGAAAAACAUUAUGGCUUCAAUGAAAUACUUAAGCAUAUCAAUGAAUUGUCCAUGAAAAUUGAUGUGGAAGAUAUACUGUGCAAGGCAGAAGCAAUUUCUCUACAGAUGGUGAAAUGCAAGGAAUUGCCUCAAGCAGUUUGUGAGAUCCUAGGACUUCAGGACAGUGAAGUAACAACACCAGAUUCAGAUACUGGUGAAGAUGAAAAUGUUGGCAUGACUCGUCCUUCAUCUGCAUUUCAUAGUAACACCUUGCCUACCCUUGCUGCUAGUGGAGCCAGAGAUGAGAGUCCAACACACAUAUCAGUGUCCCCAAAUGUCAGCAGAUUAACACCUGCAUGAUCAUUUGUCUUACCUUUUUUUUUUUUAAGAGACAUUUUGUUGCAACUUCUUUUCAAGUACUUGAAAGGUGGACAUUUAAAAUCUUGGUAUUGAUCAUGCUUUAAGGUUUAUGGAAAGAAAGUGUACUGAUGUUCUUGCAUUAAAGCUUUACAAAAUUUUAAACUAAUUAUUUUUGUAGUUACUUCUACCAAAUAGCCUUUCCUUUUCAAAAACAUUCCUUAGUAUUUUUAUAGCCAAGUACAUUUUAUUUUCUUGCUGAUGAACUGGAAUUGGAUAAAUAUUACAAGUAGAUGAGUUGGAAAUUAUGCACUUUGAAAAACAUUCAAUUUGUUUACUCUUUAAGUUUAGUGGGUUUUGGAUUUGAUUAAAUUAAAUGUUGAGCCUUUAUAUGACAUUCUGAGCUGAGAAGUAGAUUGUUACCCAGUGAUGAAAAUUUAAAAAUAAAUGAAUUUGCUUUUUUCUAUUGUUUACAACAAUACUCAGCUUAAAUAUUUAUGCUGAUUGAUUGUGAUUUAAAUUGGACAUUUUCAUCAAUGCAAUUUAAUGUGUAGAUAAAAAACUAUUCAACCAUUAUAAGUGGAUUGGCAGUAUAUUUUUUACAUUGAACUUUUCUUGUACAUAAAUACUAUAUAAGUACUAUUUAUGAGUAUAAGAAAGGAUAGGCAUAUUUUCUUUAACUGAAUAAACUUGACUAUUACUUGACUAUUGGUUUAUAUAACCUGAUUCAACAAAAUUAAUACGUGGCUUCAAUAUGAGAUCUUUUUCAAAACUAUUUUCUUAACUAACCAUUUAUUUCAUGAGAGUACAUUCAACCCUGUACCUGGUGUAAUUUUAAAAUUAAUUGCUUGUAACCUUACUUUACUAAUAAUGUUUAUUAUCUUUCCUAAUAAUGCAUUAACUGAUUAAUCAGGUCUUUAAAUUUUUAUAAAAUGCUCUUUGCGAAAAGCUUAUGUCAAAAAUUUCAAGAUACUAUCAUGAGUCUCGAAAUAAUACUUUUUUUUGUAUAUAAACGAAGCUGUUGUUUUUACCAUGCAGUAUUGCAUGAUUUUAAGUUAUGUGGAAAUAACAUAACUGAUUCCAUUUUAAUUGUAAUUUGUUAACUCCUGUACAUAUCAUUAAAAUAAAUUUGAAGUUGAAGUAGUGUUUUCAGUUACAUUACACUUAGAAAUUAGUCUGUUAGUUCUUAAUCAGAUAAUAAUUUAAAAAAAUCCAAGAUAGACCUUAGUCGUACAUCUCAUAUUUUUAUGUUAUUGUAAUAGUCAUUUGAGCUGCAGAAGUGAUAAAGAAAUGUGACUCCUCUUAUAACUGAAAACAUUUUUCAAAAGCAUGAAAAUGGGCAUAGUGUUGCCUUGGAGAACCUAAUUAUUUGAGUAAAGCAACUUACAACAAUUGAUGUCAAUAGUUUAAGGUAGGGCUGUGGUUGUGGCUCAGUGGUAGAGGGCUUACCUGGCAUGUGUGAGGCCCUGGGUUUGAUCCUCAGCACUGCAUAUAAAUACAUAAAUAAAUAAAGGUCCAUUGACAACUAGAAAAUAUUUUUUAAAAAUAGUUUAAGGUAAAAGUUGUGUAGUUCUAAAAUGGUCCAGUAGAUAGCCACCUCUACCCCCAUCCCCACCCCAAGAAAGUUAGGGAACCAAAUGAACUUUUUUCUUAGUUGAGUAUUAACUGACAAUCAUAAACUUUGAGAAACAUUAGAUUUUAGUUUUUAAUAUCAUGUGUUAUCUUUCAUCAGUUAAUAAUGAGUAAGCCUAUUUGGAAAAAAAGUAAACUGAUCUAAAACUCAGCAUCUCCAGCUUUUCAUUUCCUGCUACUCAGGAAAUUGCUUAGAACAUCUUGAUGUCCUCCUCGUUCUUCCUGAACAGUGACUUUUUGGUUAUUUUCCUACUAUGUAAUAUGAUAUCUACUUCAGAUAUUUUUUUUUAAUCUAAAUACGUUUAAUAAGUUGAACUUUUAUCAAGUUUUAUAAAAUUGCUUGUUAAAACAUAAGUUUUUCUAAACAGUGUGC